AUGGGAAACGGAGCAAAGGCCGCCUCCAAGCGCGAGCGCAACGCCAAAGACGCCAAGGGCACUGGAAAGUCGCAGCUCAAGACCAAUGAGGCUGCAAAGGACAUCAUGUGCAUGGUCUGCCGGUCGACGUUCCUCAAGACAACCCGCGGCCCGGCCUUGACGGAGCAUGCGGCGAAUAAGCAUAGCAAGACGCUGCAGGAUUGUUUCCCGGGUUUUGUGGAGGUUCCUAAGAAAUAG